AUGGGUUUCGCGAUCCCGAAAAUCACCGUCGCUGAGGCAGGAGAGAGCCUGCGGAGUAUCAGCGGAGGACUGGAAAACCUGAGGGAUGUGCCAAGUAUGGAAGGUGAUAAUAAUAGCCCCAUCCACGACAACAACCAACUGCUCUCCACGACGUCGACGACGAUGAGCUCGUUUAGAAAUCAUAGGGUCAUCAUCGCGUCCCUCUUCCUCCCCACAACCGUGGUCGUUGGAGAGUCAGCGCCCCCGACGCCUGAGAGGAACUUCGAGGACGCUCCGCCCAUAUCGAUCCCUGCCAUUGCCGCUAGGCUUGCCAGCGAAAAGAACAAGCCCCUAAAGAGCGCUCUCGCCGGCAAGAGCACUCCACACAGCUCCCACACAAGGACGCCUAGCGCCAGUGGUCCGCUGAAGAGCAUUGUCGAAGAUCUGAAAGAUAAGUCUCGGCUGACGUCGCCUGCUGUUCGCUCACCUGCAACGGAGACCGCGAACCCGUUCACCAAGCUCACCCGCUUCGCUGAGGAUACGCCCACACCGGGUCGUGCAACGCCCAAGCUCGAUGUUCUCGCACCCACCUCCCCGCCAGCCAUCGGGCGGAAAGGAUUCCGUGCAGACGGUCCUUCUUCUCGACUGCAUCGCAAGUCACGGUCGCGAUCCCGUCGCCCCACUGUUGCUUCGCCAGUGAGCCCUGUCAGGGAGCUCGAUCCCGACUCCGACAGUUGGCACUUUGAGCCCUCGACAGUCUGCAACGGUGGCCUCCGCAACGCCAUUGACAGCGUUGGUGAACGUCUGAGGAAGAAGGUUUGGGUUGGUACCCUUGGAACACCUACGGACGGAUUCGGAGAGGAAGUGAGGAAAGAGAUUGACGAGCGUCUCCUCAGCCAACGCGAGAGCGUUCCUGUCUGGAUCCCCGACGACGAAUUCCAAAGCUGCUAUGACGAGUUCUGCCAUCAGGUUCUCUGGCCAUGCCUCCAUUAUGCUGUUCCCGAUGCUCCCAAGACCAAGAUGUUCUACGAAUCUGCCACUUACAAGCAAUACAAGGCAGUCAAUGAACGUUUCGCCGACGUCAUCGCCAGCAUCUACCAAGAGGGCGACAUCAUUUUCGUCAAUGACUACCAUCUCAUGCUUUUGCCACUAAUGCUCCGCAAGAGGCUCCCCAACACCGCCAGCAUCGGUUUCUUCAUGCACGUCGCCUUCCCCUCCUCCGAAAUCUUCCGCUGCUUGUCCGUCCGAAAGGAUCUCCUUCUUGGUGUCCUUGGUGCCGACUUUGUAGGAUUCCAGACCGCGAACUACGCCAGACAUUUCAGGCAGACUGUCAGCCGAAUCUUGGCUUUCGAAGCACUUCCAAAAGGCAUUCAGCUUCCGGAAGACAAAGGAGACGAACAGCUGACUGAAGGUUCUGUCAAUGGAAAGAAUGGAAGGCGCGUUCGGGACGGUUUGGCUGAUCAAGGUCGUUUCGUCGAUGUUGCGUCCGUUCCUAUGGGCAUCGAUGUCGUUCAGCUCAAGGAGCGAAUGGAAGAUCCGGAAGUUGAAGAAUGGGUUCAGGUUCUCAAGCAACGGUAUGCCGGCAUGAAGCUUCUUGGUGUGCGACACAAGAUCGCGGCCUUCGAAGCCUUCCUCGACAAGUACCCUGAAUGGCAAGGCAAGGUUGUCCUCAUCCAAGUUGCCCUCCAAACUACCGAAUCCAACGAGCUUGCUGGUGGAGUCGCCGACUUCGUUUCUCGCAUCAACUCUCGAUUCUCCACCCUCACCUACCAACCUGUUGUCUUCCUCCAUACCCAGGACUUGACCUUCAGCCAGUACCUCGCCCUGCUGACCGUCGGUGAUGCGUUCAUCGUCACCAGUCUUCGAGAGGGUAUGGCUCUCAGAACCCACGAGUGGGUCGAGUGUCAGUCCAAGAAGCAUGGUGCCCUGAUUCUCAGUGAGUUCACCGGUACCUACAGCUACAGCGGCUUCCGCAGCUGUAUCGCGAUCAACCCUUGGGACACUCGAGGAACUGCCAAGGCCAUCGAACAGGCCUUGACCAUGAGCCCCGAGGAGGCUCGCUCCCGCUGGGAAGAUCUCCACAACCACGUCAUUACCCAAACCGCCCAGAACUUCGUCACCGCCUUCCUCAACCGUACUCUCCGCUCACAUGUCGCCCACCUCGCCUCACUCUCCCAGUCCGGCACCGACCCGUCUGCCGUCCCUGUACUCGACCUUCCCCGUCUCCUUCCCCGGUAUAAGCACUCGAUGAAGCGUCUCAUUUUGAUCGAUUUUGAGGGAACGCUCUGGAGGCGAGACUUGUCUCAUGCGGGUAUGGCGAAGACGUUGAGGAAGGAAGAUGAGUGGAGUGAGGAGGAUGAAGAUUGGCCCAAGGAAAGUGUGGAGGUUCUCAAGGCCCUCUCCGAGGAUAGGAGGAAUGAGGUUUGGGUUCUUAGUGGUUUGGCUAGGACGGGUGUGUUGGGCAAGGUUGCCAAGGUUGUGCCCAAGGUCGGCAUUGUUGCCGAGAACGGUUGCUUCAUCCGGACCAGGACUAGUCGCAACUCGGAGGGUCAGUGGAUCAGUAUGGUCUCUCACUUCAACUUGACCUGGAAGAGCGCCUGCCUGGAGAUCCUGAACUACUUCACUGAGCGUACCCCAGGCUCGUUCGUCGAGGAGCGCGAAGCGUCUGUCGUCUGGCGCUUCUGGAGCACCGACACUGUCGACGAAACCAAUCCUGACCGUCAAUGGGCCCGCCGACAAGCUGCCGAAGCUCAAAACCACAUCUUCGAUUCCCUCGGCGAGCGUUUCGGUUUGCGUAUCAUCCCCGGCAAGAACUCCUUCCUUGUCCUGCCGAACAACAUCUCUCGUUCCACCGCCAUCAGUGCUAUCACCCACCCUGGUGGGCCUGCUCGUUCGCCUUAUAUUGGCCGUGCCACCUGGAUGACGCCCGAUACCGACGAAUUCGCUCUACAUAAAAGUGCUGGCGGAGGGUAUGUAGGCUAUGGCGGAAGUGGUGGUAUGGGCGGUGAUGGCACUGUUGAGGAGACCGACUUCUUGUUGGCAAUCAGCAGUGACGAGAGACUUUUGAGACGGUUGAACGAGGAUGAUGGUGCUGAGACGGUUAGUACCAGUGGGAAGGGUACUGAUGCCCGGUGGAGGGUCGACUUUGAAGAGUUGGGCGGUAUGUUGAAGGUUUUGGCGGGUGUGACCUCGCCCUAA